CAAGUCAGUUGUCUUUCACCUGUCAGCAUGUCCGGCAUAAUCAUAUUUCUGUGUCUUCCAAUCAUUGUUUCUCGUUUGCCCAGAACCAUGUGGGUCAUUUAACAGCCAACAUACGAAUAUAGCUGGCACCCUUCCAUUCCGCACUCCGUAAUCCAUAAGCCGUGACCGGAAACCGUAGACCCAAACACCCCAACGAUGUCCGAGAAAGGCAAUCAACCCCACCCAUCAUCAAUUCAUCCAUCAUCAAAGCAACCAGGCUGCAAUCAGAAGAUGAUGAGCAACAUGACAGCACCGCCGCCUAACCCAAAGCCGGAUAAAAGCCACAUUCUAGAGAUGCAUGCCAUAUUCCUGGGCCACGACACUCGUGGCGACAAUAAGAUAUCCAUCCGCCACCUGGGCGACUGUCUCCGCGUGAUGGGUGCCAAUCCCACCGAGGCGAUGGUCAACCAUCAUGUCCGGAAGUAUCGGGCCUCCACCAUGGAUCGCAUUUCCUUCGAUGAGGUGAUGACCAUCUACGGCAGUCUGGGCAAACAUGGGGGCAGUUCCAGUCCCAAGAGAAAGCUGAUCGAGGAGGAGCACUUAACAUACAGCCUGAGCAUCUUCGAUACGGAUAACUCCGGUUUCUUGCCCGCCAUCAGAAUCCGGCGUCUAUUAACCCAGUGCGGUGAGCGAAUGAGUGCAUUUGAGGUCGAUGAACUCCUGAAGGGCAGGAUCAACGAACAGGGAUUGGUCAACUAUAAGGAGCUUAUACACGAUAUUGUCAAUGGGUAGCUCAAGAAAAAUAAAAAUGAGA